AAGCAGCCACCAUGGCUCAAAAUGGCCUGGGGUGUCAGCGCGCGCGGCCGGCAAUGAGGGCCCCAGCGAGCGCCUCGGACCACGCGAACGACUGCGUUUGCGCCCGCGCCCGCGCCAGGGCGGCCUUGGCCGUGGCGCUCGGCGCCCUGGCCGCGGCGCCCAGCGCGGCCUCCAGCUGCCCCUCCGCGCGACCGCCGCCCCCGCACCCCGCCGUGGCCGCCGCCGCGGCGGGCAGACCCGCGCGCCGGCGGGCUCGCGCGGCGGCAGCCCGCGCGGGUGCUGAGCGGCGGCCGUGCACGGCCG